AACGGCGGCGGCUGGCGGCAGGCUGGGCCCAGGGAGCUGCGCGCGCAACCACUCGGGCUGUGGCUCCGGUGACCGCUCUCUCUGGCAACGGUUUGUUCCUAGCAACCAGCCUGAAGUCUAGAGAUGGUGCGGAGGGAGCCGCCUAGGGGCCGGGGACUCCUGCCAUGAAUCCGCCGGGGUCCCUAGAGGCCCUGGAGCCGAACGUGGACGAGCACUUGUCCACCCAGAUUCUCGCGCCCUCGGUCCACUCCGACAACUCUCAGGAGCGCAUCCAGGCCCGGCGCCUCCGCAUCGCGGCGCGCCUAGAAGCCCGGAGGCGGGAAGCACUUGGAGAAUAUUUAGAUGGGAAGAAGGAGAGUGAGGAGGAUCAAAGCAAGAGCUACAAACAGAAAGAAGAAAGCCGAUUGAAAUUGGCUAAACUUCUGCUCUGUGGCACGGAGUUGGUGACAAAUAUCCAGGUGGCUAUAGAUAUCAGAGAGAUUCACAGGAGAGUCGAAGAAGAGGAGAUAAAGCGUCAAAGGAUUGAGAAGCUGGAGAAUGAAGUUAAGACCAGCCAGGACAAAUUCGAUGAAAUCACCUCAAAGUGGGAAGAGGGCAAGCAGAAGAGAAUUCCCCAAGAGCUGUGGGAAAUGCUCAAUACCCAACAGCUGCAUUGUGCUGGACUCUUAGAAGAUAAGAACAAACUCAUCAGCGAGUUACAGCAGGAGUUAAAAACAAAGGAUGACCAGUAUGUGAAGGAUUUGAAGAAACAGUCAGAUGACAUCUGCCUGCUUCUGGAGCGGAUGGAAGAACAGGUGAAGAAUGUGAUGAAAACCUUUCGGGAGGAGCUCUAUAACAUUGAGAAAGCAUUUGAGGUGGAACGCCAAGAGCUACUGGCCAGUAAUAAGAAGAAAUGGGAGCGAGCCCUUCAGGCUCAUAAUGCCAAAGAGCUGGAGUAUCUUAUCAACCGCAUGAAGAAAGUAGAGGACUAUGAGAAGCAGCUGAACAAGCAGAGGAUCUGGGAUUGCGAAGAAUACAACAUGAUCAAGAUCAAGCUGGAGCAGGAUGUGCAGAUUCUUGAGCAGCAGCUUCAGCAGAGGAAAGCAAUUUAUCAGCUAAACCAAGAGAAAUUAGAGUACAACUUGCAGGUGCUGAAGAAGAGAGAUGAAGAAAGCACAGUAAUUAAAUCCCAGCAGAAGAGGAAGAUCAAUCGCCUGCAUGAUAUACUUAACAAUCUGAGAUCAAAAUAUGCCAAGCAAAUAAAGCAGUUUCAGGAGGAGAACCAGUCUCUAACCUCGGACUACAAACGUCUUGUGAUGCAAUUCAAGGAGCUACAGAAAGCCAUGAGGCAUUUUGCUGUUAUUGAUGAUGAGAAGUUUCGGGAGAUUUGGCUGAUGAAUGAAGAGGAGGCAAAGGACCUAAUAGCCAGAGCCUUUGAUGUGGACAGGAUCAUCCACACCCAUCAUCUGGGGCUUCCCUGGGCAGCACCUGAUUUCUGGUUCCUGAACAAUGUUGGGCCUAUUUCUCGGCAGCCCCAGAAGUCCGCCACACAGAUAGUAGAAGAAAUGCUCAUGCGCACAGAAGAGGAGGAGGCAGAAGAGGCCACCUCGGAACCAGAGUCCUACCUGGAUCUGCCGAAGCAAAUUUCUGAAAAAACUACCAAGAGGAUCCUGAUGCUCCUGUGUGACGAGUCGGGGUUCCUCAUAGAGAGCAAGCUGCUGAGCCUUCUCCUGCCCCUGGAGCAGAAUGAAUGCUAUCUGCUGAGGCUGGAUGCCAUCUUCUCCGCCCUUGGAAUUGAAAGUGAGGAUGACUUGUAUAAACUGGUGAACUUCUUCCUUAAAUAUCGCGCUCACCGUUUAUCUUCCAGCCUCCAGAUCAAGCCCUGCAGUCAGGUGAGCAUGGAGAAGGUGAGCAUGGAGAAGGCGAGCAUGGAGGAGACAAGCAUGGGGUCAGAAUUGGAGCUGGCAGAGCAGACGGAGAUGGAGGGAGAAAAGGAAGAAAGCCUGGUGGAAGGGAAGAAGGAGGAAGAGGAGAAGACCCCACCCUCCCCCUGGGUCAUCCACCCUAAUGAUGUCCUCAAGAUUCUGGAGGCCUUCGUCAUGGGUCUGAAGAAGCCUAGGGACUCGUGGGCCCCGCUGAGGGUGCAGAAGAAUGUGCGCGACAACUCCAAGGACUCGGAGUACUGGCAGGCCCUGACCACGGUGAUCCCUUCCUCCAAGCAGAACCUCUGGGAUGCCCUCUACACAGCCUUGGAGAAGUACCACCUUGUCCUGACCCAGAGGGCCAAGCUGCUGCUGGAAAACAGUUCUCUGGAGCAGCAGAACACAGAGCUGCAGGCGCUGCUGCAGCAGUAUCUGAACUCCAAGAUCAACUCUGAACUGCAAGUUCCUCCCACGCAGGUGUUGCGGGUACCCACAAAAUAGAGCUGGACCUCCAAAGGCUGAUGUGUUAGGGCUGGCCUGAUGCUGGUGCCUGUGCCGGAGCCGGCUCAUAUCACCCACUGGGCCGCACCUGGGCCCGCUCUCUGGAUUUUCCAGGGCUGUCUUUAUAGCCUGUCGAAAUAAGGAGCCAGAGGAGUUACCUGUGUCCUGCAUUAUGAUUAAAGCCUUUUAAAAGUU